ACUGUCCAAAAAACAGGAGCGGGUCCGGCAAGGAAGAUUCGUGCGCCGACGGGGCAGCUAUGGGUCGGAGGAGAGCGCCGGAGGCUGGGACCCUUGGCCGGGCUCUUAUCCGCCAGCAAGUUCAGCGGAGCCGUAGCCAUCGUCCCACCGACUCCUGGUUGCACACAAGUGAACUCAAUGAUGGCUAUGAUUGGGGUCGUCUUAAUCUUCAGUCCGUGACUGAACAGAGCUCCCUGGAUGACUUCCUUGUCACUGCGGAACUUGCAGGAACAGAGUUUGUAGCUGAGAAGCUUAAUAUUAAAUUUGUGCCUCCUGAGGCUAGAACUGGACUACUGUCUUUUGAGGAGAACCAGAGAAUUAAGAAACUCCAUGAAGAAAACAAACAGUUCUUGUGUAUCCCAAGGAGACCAAAGUGGGACCAAAAAACUAGCCCAGAAGAACUCAAACAGGCAGAGAAAGAUAACUUUCUAGAAUGGAGACGUCAACUUGUCCGGUUGGAAGAGGAACAAGACCUGAUAUUGACUCCAUUUGAAAGAAAUUUGGAUUUUUGGCGCCAGCUCUGGAGGGUGAUUGAAAGAAGUGAUAUCGUGGUCCAGAUAGUAGAUGCUCGAAAUCCACUCCUAUUUAGGUGUGAGGAUUUGGAAUGUUAUGUGAAAGCAAUUGAUGACAACAAGGAGAAUGUUAUUCUGAUAAAUAAGGCUGACUUGCUGACUACCGAGCAGCGGAGUGCCUGGGCCGAGUUCUUCGAAAAGGAAAAUGUGAAAGUCAUUUUCUGGUCGGCUUUGUCUGAAGCCAUUCAACUGAUUGGUGACUCUAAGGAAGAAGUAAACGGAGACAGUGGAGAAGCCAUCACAGCUGAGUUUGAAAACUCCAGCUGUGACGAAGCUGGAAUUCUACACGAAGAGACUGAACAUCUUUCACUUAAUGAAGUUGCCAGGAGUGAUGAAGAUGACAGCGAGUAUGAGGACUGUCGGGAGGAGGAGGAGGAGGAUUGGCAGACGUGUUCAGAAGAGGGCAGCAGCCCUGACGAGGAGGCCUGUGGCCAGGAUUGGCAGGAAAGCUGCAUUGUGGAUUCUGAGGCUCAAGGAAGGAAAACCCCACAGAAGAGGCAAAUACGCAACUUUAGCCACCUGGUAUCAAAGCAGGAAUUACUGGAGAUCUUUAAGCAGCUACACUCUGGAAAGAAGGUGAAGAGUGGACAACUUACUGUUGGACUGGUGGGCUACCCAAACGUUGGGAAGAGUUCGACAAUCAACACCAUCAUGGGCAACAAGAAGGUGUCUGUGUCUGCCACGCCCGGUCACACCAAGCAUUUUCAGACUCUCUAUGUGGAACCUGGCCUCUGCUUAUGUGACUGCCCAGGCCUGGUGAUGCCAUCCUUUGUCUCUACCAAAGCCGAGAUGAUUUGCAGUGGAAUCCUCCCGAUUGACCAGAUGAGAGAUCACCUCCCACCUAUAUCACUAGUUUGCCAGAAUAUUCCAAGACGUGUUUUAGAAGCUACGUACGGCAUUGACAUCAUAAAACCUAGAGAAGAUGAAGAUCCCCAGCGACCUCCAACAUCAGAAGAACUGUUGACGGCUUAUGGAUGUAUGCGAGGAUUCAUGACAGCACAUGGACAGCCAGACCAACCUCGAUCUGCACGCUACAUCCUGAAGGAUUAUGUCAAUGGUAAACUCCUGUACUGUCAUCCUCCUCCUGGAAGAGAUCCUGUGACCUUUCAGUAUCAACACCAGCGACUCCUAGAGAAAAAAGCGAAUGGUGGGGAAAUCAAAAUGCAGCCGCGCAGAAAUAAAAAAGCAAAUCAGAUUGAAAAUGUAGUGGACAAAACUUUUUUCCAUCAGGAAAAUGUGAGAGCUUUGACCAAAGGAGUCCAGGCUGUGAUGGGCUACAAGCCUGGGAGUGGCCUGGUGACGGCAGCUACUGUGAGCUCUGAGACGGGGGCUGGGAAGCCCUGGAAAAAACAUGGUAACAGAAAUAAAAAAGAGAAAAGUCGUAGACUCUAUAAGCACCUGGAUACGUGAACUUGGGCUGCAACAGAAGUAGCAUCUGCACUGUGCAUCUGUGGUGCUAUAGGGUGGACCCUGCCCUUGUGAUUCACACCCAACAGCUGAUAUCAAGACCGAGGGGCUCCUCAGAGCACCAACUCCAAUUAACAGGGUCGUCUUGGAGCCCCAGAAACCUGCUCCUGUAGGAGGCUGAAUCUGAGAUGAGGGAACGAAUGAUGUAUGUUUAUUUGUGUAAACAUAUAUACAAAUGCAUAGUAAUUUGUAAACUGGGAAUUUCUUGAAGAGAUAGUAAAAUUAAAUUGCCACUUA